AUGUCAGCUUUAUCCAUGGCUGAUGAACCAGACCAAGAAUCCAAAAGGGUUCAACUUCAAUGUUACCCAAAAGACCCAGAAGCAUACAGAAUCUUGGAAGAGAUUGGUGGCGGUGCUAGUGCCAAAGUUCACAAAGCAUCAUGUGUCCACAGCCAGGGGAAGUCAAGUUUGGUUGCAAUCAAAAUAUUUGAUCUUGAACUUGAACAAUCUCCAGCCGAUUUAGAUAGUCCUCGACGUGAAAGAACGACCAUGUCACUUCAUUCACACCCUAACGUUCUUUCAUCCCAUUGUUCUUUCGUUGUCGAUCACUAUCUUUGGAUGGUUAUGCCUUACAUGGCUGGUGGUUCUCUCCAAUCCAUAGUCUCUUCUUGCUUCCCUGAAGGCCUACCAGAGCCAUGCAUUUCUAUAGUUCUCAAUGAAACCCUAAAAGGAUUGUAUUAUCUCCAUGAUCGAGGCCAUUUACACACAGAUAUCAAGGCAGGCAACAUUCUUGUAGACACAGAUAAUAGCAGCAUAAUUCUUGCAGAUUAUGGCAAAUCGGUCUCGAUUUACGACUCAAGUAACAUCGUGGGAUCAUCCUCAUCGUCUUCCUCAUCAAUAAUGAGGCUAACUGAUGUUGCAGGGAGCCCAUAUUGGAUUGCACCAGAGGUUAUACGUGACUCAGAUACAGGUUAUAGUUUCAAGGCUGAUAUAUGGUCUUUUGGUAUUGUGGCAUUGGAAUUAGCCCAUGGUCGACCUCCUGUCACUCACCUUCCUCCUUCAAAGACUUUGAUCAUGAAGAUAAGGAAGAGGUUUGGGUUCACUGAUUAUGAUGAUGAGAAGCACAAGAAAGAUUUCAAGAACAAGAACUACUCUAAAGAGUUUACAGAUAUGGUUGCUUCUUGUCUUAAUCAUGACCCUUCAAAGAGACCUUCUGUUGAUCAGCUUUCAGAGUAUUCUUUCUUCAAGAACUGUAAAGAAUUAGACUUUUUGUUCAAGGAGGUUUUUGAUGGGUUGCCUAAUGUUGAAGAAAGAUUCAAAGAAGCCAAGGCUUUACAUGAUGGGACGUGGUCAAGCCUGCAGAUUACUGCUGGUACUGAUAUUGAAGAAGAGGGUACUAACUCAGUGGGCCCAAGUGUGAAUUCUAUAAGGAUCGGUGGCUGGAAAUUUAAUGAGGAUGAAUUCGUCCUUGACCCAGUAUUCCAUACUGAGUCAGAAGAUGAUGAAGUUGUGAGGAUGGUUCGUUUUGGAGGUGAAACCUUUAUUCCGGACACGAAUAUUGAUUCGUCAGGUGGGUUAGGUGAAUUGGAGGGUUUAGUGGGAGAUCAUACUGGUGCAAACAUGAGUAGAAUACAAGGAAUUUGCUAUCGCUUUGAUCGAAAGAAAAUGUUAGAGGGUUUAGUGGCAUUAAAGAGGAGUACCGAGGAGCAGAAAAGGGCAGUAGUAAAUAUGAUAGUUCAGUUAGGAGGGGAGGCUGACAGAGAGGAACAAAUGGUGCAAAGGAUUGAGAAUCUGACGGAGGAGUUGGAAAUUGAGAAGGAAAAGAACCUUAAGUUGAAGAUUGAAUUGGAAACCAUCAAUACUGUGAUUUCUGGUGCAAACAAUGAUGCUUCUAUUGCUGGAAACAUUUUCGAUGAUAUUGACUGA